UGUUCCCAGUAUGAUAUUCCUGGUCUCCAGCCGCCCACUGGCCUCUUCUAGCAAAGGGCAGGGGGAUGUAGAAAACAUUCUGGUUCCCUCCCAUUAAGACUGCAGGCUUUCGCUUUCGCUUCCUCCUCCGACGAUUUUCUGGGUCCUAGGCGGUAAUGGCGCUGCUGGAGGUGUGCGGAGCCCCCCGAGGGCUGCGGAAGGAUUGCGCUCUCCCGGGCCUGGGCAGCCACCUUCGCUCGGACCCUGGAUACUACAGCUUCUCUCUGCGGUCUCCGGAGCUCGCCUUCCCCCGGGGAAUGCAGCCCACUGAAUUCUUCCAGUCCCUUGGUGGGAAUGGAGAAAGGGACGUUCGGAUUGAGAUGAACCAUGGCACUACCACUCUGGCCUUCAAGUUCCAGCAAGGAGUGAUUGUGGCAGUGGAUUCUCGGGCUACCGCUGGGAGUUAUAUUAGCACCUCAAGGAUUAACAAGGUGAUUGAGAUUAACCCUUACCUGCUUGGCACCAUGUCUGGCUGUGCGGCUGACUGUCAGUACUGGGAACGUCUGCUGGCCAAGGAGUGCAGGCUGUACUAUCUGCGGAACGGGGAGCGUAUCUCAGUGUCAGCAGCCUCCAAACUGCUCUCCAACAUGGUGUUCCAGUACCGGGGCAUGGACCUUUCCAUGGGCAGUAUGAUCUGUGGCUGGGAUAAGAAGGGUCCUGGACUCUACUAUGUGGAUGCAGAUGGGACUCGGCUCUCAGGAGAUAUGUUCUCCACCGGCAGUGGGAACACCUAUGCCUACGGGGUCAUGGAUAGUGGCUAUCGGCCUGAUCUUAGCCCUGAAGAGGCUUAUGAACUGGGCCGCAGGGCUAUUGUUUAUGCCACUCACCGAGACAGCUAUUCUGGAGGUGUUGUCAACAUGUACCACGUGAUGGAAGAUGGUUGGGUGAAAGUGGAAAGUACAGACGUCAGUGACCUGCUGCACCAGUAUCGGGAGACCAGCCAGUAACAGCGGAGGCUGGGCCCGCUUUUUACGGCAAUGUCUUGCCAGCCAACUCAGGAACCUGGGCUAGCUUACACCCCACAGGAAAUGGAAGCCUUAACCUGGGCCCGGAGGGAGAGAACCAGUGGCCAGUGGGGGUAGGGUGGAGUUCAUCCUAUUGUGUGUUCUCUGUUUCAAGGAGCAUUCCCCCUACCCCAACCUCUGGGUGCCCCACUGCACAAUAAAGGAAAACGGUUAUAAAUGUC